AUGGGCAAGCCCAUGGGAUUGAAUGCCGCUCGGAAGCUUCGUCUUCAUCGUCAAAAACAACGCUGGGCCGACAAGGAUUACAAGAAAGCAAACUUUGGAACAAGAUGGAAGGCCAACCCAUUUGGUGGCGCCUCUCACGCAAAAGGGAUCGUGCUCGAGAAGAUUGGAGUCGAAGCUAAGCAGCCCAACUCGGCCAUCCGAAAAUGCGUUCGUGUGCAACUCAUCAAAAACGGAAAGAAAAUCACCGCCUUCGUCCCCAAUGACGGUUGCCUAAAUUUUGUUGAGGAAAACGAUGAGGUGCUUGUUGCUGGUUUCGGCCGUUCCGGUCAUGCCGUCGGAGAUAUUCCCGGAGUUCGUUUCAAGAUUGUUAAAGUCGCCAACACAUCUCUCAUCGCGUUGUUUAAAGGGAAAAAGGAGAGACCAAGGAGC